CUCCUUCUCCUCUAGGAACCCGAGCCGAACCGGGUGCAGUGACCGCUUCCGUUAUCCAUAAUACAGCAAAACACAGCCCGGAGGCUCCGUCCAAGUUUUGGAAAGCAUGAGACCUGUUAUUGUAGUCCAUGGAGGUGCUGGUGUAAUUGUCAAGGAAUAUGAAGAAGGUUAUCGUGCUGGUGUGAGUCUAGCAGCUCUAAAGGGCUUUGAAGUCAUGAAGCAUGGAGGCAGUGCCCUCAAAUCAGUGGAAGAAGCUGUAAUUGUGCUGGAAGAUGACCCACUUUUUAAUGCAGGUCACGGAUCUGUCCUGAAUGAAGAGGGAGAUAUUGAGAUGGACGCUAUUAUAAUGGAUGGAAAAACUUUAAGGUCCGGUGCUGUCUCUGCCGUCAGAUGUAUAGCUAACCCAAUAACACUUGCUCGUCUGGUUAUGGAAAAGACAGACCACAUGCUUUUAACAUGUAAGGGGGCAUCCCUUUUUGCAAAGGCGCAAGGUAUUCAAGAAGUCCCUACUGAAAAACUAAUUACAGAGCGAUCCAGGGAAAGAUGGAAGAAAAACCUGCUGCCUGGUUCUAAUCCUUUAGCAUGUCAAUUGGGUCUUGGAACAGUUGGGGCUGUUGCCAUUGAUGCUGAAGGAAACCUUGCGUGUGCAACAUCUACUGGUGGCAUAACAAACAAAAUGGUGGGGCGUGUUGGAGAUACUGCAUGUAUAGGUAGUGGAGGAUAUGCUGAUAAUGCUGUUGGGGCAGUAUCUACCACGGGACACGGGGAAAGUAUCAUGAAGGUGACAUUAGCCACACUGAUACUCCAUCGUAUAGAACAAGGCAUGUCUCCUGAAGAAGCUUCAGAUACUGCACUUGAUUACAUGAAGACCAGAGUGAACAGCUUCGGAGGGGUCAUUGUUGUUAACCAUAAAGGAGAAUGGGCAGCCAAAUUUUCCACUAAGCAAAUGAGCUGGGCUGUUGUUCAAGAUGACCAGCUACAGUGUGGUAUUGAACAGGGAAAGGGAGAGACUUUAUCUGAUAACAAACCUCUGUAACACGCUGGGCAAAUUAUGUCUACUGUUUCAAAAUUAGUAUGAAUGUAAUACGUUAGUAGCAAUUGCCCUGAUUUUGCAAUUCCAGGGCUUUCAAACGCAAAGACUGUCCCUUUAACAUAGGAAAAAUACCUUAAUUAUAGGAACACUGUAGGCACCCAGAGCACUUCAGUUCAUUGAAGUGGUCUGGGUGCAAACUCCCAUCACCCUUAACCCUGCAGUAGUAUUUAUUGCAGUUUUUAUAAACUGCAAUAAUUACCUCUGAGGGUUAACUCCUCCUGUAGUGGCUGUCUAUCAGACAGCCAAUAGAGGGACUUCCGGUAUUGAAACAGACUUUUGGUCCGUUAUCUGACGCUGGACGUCCUCACGCUCUGCAUGAGGACCUCCAGCGUCAGAUUUUCCCCAUAGGAAAGCAUUG